AUGGACUCGAGUGAGCACAGCAGCGACAGCGACUCAAAACCCAGCGGCCCUGAGGGCAGCCACAGUGGAGGGUGUCCCGCGCCAGCGGUCGGGGCCCGAGUAGUGAGCUUACUGUGCCUGCUGCUUUCCGUGAGCUCGGCGGUCGCCUGCCUGCUGCUGGGUACUCAGGCUGCCGCGCUGCAGGACCGGGUGGCGCUGCUCGAGGAGGAGCGGGAGCUGCUGCAUCGUGCGAGUCCACCUGGAGCCUUGGCCGCCUGGGCCGAGCCACACCUGGAGCGUCUGCUGCGCGAGAAAUUAGACGGACUGGCGAAGCUGCGGAAGAGUCGAGAAGCUCCAUCGGAGUGCGUCUGCCCCCCAGGUCCUCCUGGACGGCGUGGCAAACCUGGACGAAGAGGCGAUCCUGGUCCUCCAGGGCAAUCAGGACGAGAUGGCUACCCGGGGCCUUUAGGUCUGGAUGGCAAACCUGGACUUCCAGGCCUUAAAGGGGAAAAGGGUGCACCAGGAGACUUUGGCCCGAGGGGAGACCAAGGGCAAGAUGGAUCUGCUGGACCCCCUGGGCCACCUGGACCUCCAGGAGCCCGGGGUCCUCCUGGUGACACUGGGAAAGAUGGCCCCAAAGGAUCACAAGGCCCAGAGGGUCCCAAAGGGCAAGAAGGAGAGAUGGGCCCAAAAGGACCUCCAGGACCCAAGGGUGAGCCCGGCAUUCCUGGAAAGAAGGGUGAUGAUGGGCCAUCAAGCCAGCCAGGGCCUCCUGGACCCCCAGGGCCCAAGGGUGAACCAGGGAGCAUGGGCCCCCCAGGAGAGAACGGUGUGGAUGGCACCCCAGGAGCAAAGGGGGAUCCUGGCCUCCGAGGCAUGGAUGGAACCCCAGGACCGCGGGGACCUCCAGGCUUCAAGGGUGAACAAGGAGACACAGUGGUCAUUGACUACGAUGGCAGGAUCCUGGAUGCCCUGAAGGGUCCUCCAGGGCCACAGGGGCCACCUGGGAUCCCUGGAGCCAAGGGAGAACUCGGACUGCCCGGUGCCCCUGGAAUAGAUGGAGAGAAGGGUCCCAAAGGACCAAAAGGAGAUCCAGGAGAACCUGGGCCUAUUGGACCCAAAGGGGAAGCAGGAGAGAUGGGUCUGUCCGGCCUUCCGGGUGUUGAUGGCCCCAAGGGGGAGAAGGGAGAAUCCGCAUCUGAUACCCUACAGGAGAGCCUGGCCCAGAUCCUAGUGGAACCAGGACCUCCUGGGCCUCCUGGGCCCCCAGGCCCCAUGGGCCUUCAGGGAAUCCAAGGUCCCAAGGGUUUAGACGGAGCCAAGGGAGAGAAGGGCGAAGUGGGCGAGAGAGGCCCCAACGGCCUGCCUGGUCCAGGUGGCCCACCUGGCCUCAUUGGACUGCCAGGAACCAAAGGAGAGAAGGGCAGACCCGGAGAACCAGGACUGGAUGGUUUCCCUGGACCCAGAGGAGAGAAAGGUGACCGGAGCGAUCGUGGAGAGAAGGGAGAUAGAGGGGUCCCUGGCCGGAAGGGAGUAAAGGGCCAGAAGGGGGAGCCAGGACCACCAGGCCUGGACCAGCCAUGUCCUGUGGGUCCUGACGGGCUACCGGUAGCCGGCUGCUGGCAUAAGGUAUCUCCAGCAUAA